AUGGAACUUUUACCUGAUCCCUGUAAAGAUAGAAUGGUUAAGGCCUGCCCUCUACCACCUCACAAACCUUUACCAGAAACCUUAAUGUAUCAUCAAAAAGGAGAUGAAAAGGGAAAACCAGAUUGGAAAAUGCUAAAGGAAUUUUUAUUGAAGGAAGGACCAAUGCGUAAAGAUCAGGUGGUUAAACUUCUCAAGGAUGGAAUUGCUAUGCUGAGCAAAGAAGCAAAUCUUGUGAAAAUUGGAGAGCCGAUUGUAAUCGUUGGAGAUUUGCACGGACAGUUUUAUGAUUUAGUCCACAUGCUUGAGAAAGCUGGAGAUCCUUAAGACAUCAACUAUCUGUUCUUGGGAGAUUACGUAGACAGAGGUAUCUAUGGUCUUGAAGUGGUUCUUACACUUUUAGCUAUUAAGAUGAACUACCCUAAAAAUGUUGUUUUACUUAGAGGAAAUCACGAAAGUAGAAAUAUGACUGAAAACUUCACAUUUAGGGAAGAAGUCAUUACCAGAUAUGAUAUUGAGACUUAUAAUCUGUUUAUGGAUCUCUUUGACUCAAUGCCUAUUUCAGCCAUUGUGGACGGCAAGUAUUUCGCCAUGCACGGUGGUAUAUCUCCAGAGCUAUCGAAAUUGGACUAAAUAGAUAAGAUUAAUAGAUUUUAGGAAGUGCCUCUAGAUGGAUUAUUCUGUGACUUGCUAUGGUCCGAUCCUAUGGCAGAUGAAAUUGCAAAUGCUAAGGAUUAUAUUGAUAAUGAGGAAAGAGAGUGUUCAUUCUUGUUCGGUAAGAAACCCACUAAGAAAUUACUGGAUUAAAAUAAUCUCAUGAGUAUCUUAAGAGGACAUUAAGUGCAGAUCGAAGGUUAUAAAAUGCAUAGAUGGGACGGACCUGCUUCUUUCCCAUAUGUCAUUACAAUUUUUUCAGCGCCAAAUUACUGUGGAUACUACGAAAAUAAAGCAUCAGUGCUAAUCAUUGAUAAGGGUAAUCUAUCCUUAAAAUAAUACGAUGAAAGUGAGCCACCUUACAGACUUCCAGAUAAUAUGGAUGUUUUUUCAUGGUCCAUUCCAUUUCUAUCUGAAAAAGUCGUUAGUCUUUUGUAUCAUAUUGUUAAGAAAGGUGGUGAUGAUCCUGAUGAGGAUGAUAUAGAUAUUGGAAAAGCAUUGAAAGGAGGCACUGAGGAAAAUAAGUAAAACAGGACAUUGGUAAUGAAAGGUAAGGUUCGUUCUAUUGGAAGAAUGAACAGAAUGUUUACAACUCUCAGAGAGCAAUCAGAGGUACUAUUGCAGAUAAAGAAUAUGUCACCAGAUGGAAAACUUCCAAGAGGUCUACUUUUAGAGGGCAAACCAGCUAUUAAAAAUGCGUUGAAAUAAUUCAACUUGGCAAAAGAACUUGAUAAGAUUAAUGAGAAAAGACCUAGGAAGAAAUGA